AUUUAUUUAAGUCACGAGAGUAUUAUGAGGUCUUCCACAUAGUAGCAGCGCCAGCCAUGGAGAAAAACAAAACCUAAUUUACCAAACAUUUUUUCCUUUCCUUUCUUCAUUUCUAACAUUUUUCCUCUCUCUUCUCUCAAUUUCAAAUCCAGAUUCUCCUUCCUCUCUCUCUUCAUUCUCAAUUCACUGCAAUGUACUCAAUUUCAUCACUCAUCCACUACUACGCCUGAGGAUAUUCCUAACAUGAAGGACUCUUGGUUUUUCGACAAGAAUUUUAAUGGAUUGUCGGAUGAGAUUUUCGAUGAACUUCAUUUUUUCGAUUUUCCGUUAGAAGAUGUUGAAACUAAUCCCGUCGAAGAUGAUUGGAGUGCUCAAUUUCAAAGCAUUGAUGAGCCGUGCUUUGAUGCUUUUUCAGUGACACCAGUAGGAUUGUGUGGUAAAACCAAAAUUGAAAAUCCACAAUUUGGGAAUGGCUUCUCUGCUGCUCCUUGUAAUGAAAUGUCCUCAAUAAAAGAAGUGGCAGAGACUGCUGGACCAACAUAUGGAAACACUAUUCCCAACCAGGAUGCCGCUUUCUAUGAAAAGAAAGCCGUGCGUCAGUACAGCCCUGUUUCUGUUUUCGAAGGCAGUAGUGGUGCUUCCUCAGUUGAGAAUUCCACCUUUGACCUGCCCGUCGUCGUCCCAAUAAAGCGUGCUCGAAGUAAGCGCCGGCGUCCCUCAAAGUCAAACCCCGUAUUUUCAUUUUCUUUCAUACCUAUUUCACCGGCAUUGCAAAAAUAUUAUAAAACACCUGUGAAGAAACAGAGAAAAAAGGAGCUCUACGUGAUCUCAGGCGAUGCUGAGACGGGAUCUCAAGAGUCAGUUAUCUUCCGAAAAUGCACGCAUUGCGAGAUCACGAAGACUCCACAAUGGAGAGAGGGACCUAACGGCCCCAAAACGCUAUGCAAUGCUUGCGGUGUUCGGUACAGGUCUGGCCGCCUCUAUCCUGAAUACCGUCCAGCAAACAGCCCCACUUUCGUCGAAUCAAUUCACUCAAACUGUCACAAAAAGGUUCUCGAGAUGCGAGGCGGCGGUGUCAUCAAAGGAGGUGCUAGGAGCUGUUCUACAUCGCUGCCAUCAACUCUUCCCGGAAAUUCGGUAGGACAGCAUUAUCAUGGAACUUAUUGAAAAGACCAAACGGUAUACUAGUCUCAGACAUGAUUCUCCUCUGUCUAUUGUUAUAAUUUAGUCUCAUGUUAUAUUACUUAGCAUCAUUUGUUUAAUUAGUGUAAAUUGAUUGUUAAAAUAAAAAAGGUAGUAGUUGCAUCAGAUCAGUGAUUAGUGCUUUUGUUAGGCAUUGAGGAAACAAUGUGUUAAAAAGUUGAAGAAGUUGAGAAAGGUAUGUUAAUGUAGAGAUGUCUAAUUGGAUGGAUGACAUGACAUGGCAUGGCAUGGCAUGGAAGUGAGGUUAUAUAUAUGUAUGUAUGUAUGGUUGAAGUAGAGACAGGAAUCCUUUGCAUUACUUGCUGCAUGUGCUAUGAGGACAUGAAGUCAAAGGAUUAAUUAAAGGAAAGGACAAUGAUAUCACAUGUAUUGUAACAUGGCACAAAGAAAUUAUAGUGGAAAGCACAUGCAUUGCUAUUCCAUAGGCUGGAAAAAUGUCUUUCCAGAUUACAGACAGCUUCAACUUGGGUUUUGUUAUUUACCCUUUAUAAAACAGAUUAUUAGAAUUUGUUUUAGUUUGAACUAUAGUUUGUUUCAUAAGGAUAUUAUUAUCUGUAUUUUUGUUGUUCAUUUUAAUGUCUACUUUGUACUUUAUAUUUUAUACAUUUUAUAUAUUUUUGUUUUUGUUUUA